UCGAGUUAUUUGCCCUCACACAAUCUCAACAUGUCGACAAUCAAACUUGCUUUGAUUACCUUGCUUUUCAUCACUGUUACCAGCGCAGAGAAGAAUAAGAAUAAGGAAGUCACAUACGAUAGAAGGUCGCUCAUCAUCAAUGGAAAACGGGAGCUUCUCUUCUCCGGUUCCGUCCAUUACACUCGAAGUCCCCCUGAGAUGUGGCCACAGAUUAUUGACAAAGCUAGACGUGGAGGUAUAAACGUGAUUCAAACAUACAUCUUCUGGAACGUUCAUGAGCCUGUACAUGGCAAGUUCAAAGUGGAUCCGGAGUAUGAUUUCGUGAAGUUCAUGCAGCUCUGUCAUGACAAAGGAAUGUAUGUUACCCUCAGGGUUGGACCUUUCAUCCAAGCCGAAUGGAAUCACGGAGGACUUCCGUAUUGGCUAAGAGAGGUUCCUGAUAUCAUAUUCCGUUCAAACAAUGAAGCCUUUAAGAAAUACAUGAAAGAAUAUACAAAAACUGUUAUAAAAUUAUGUAAAGAAGCGAAGCUCUUCGCUCCCCAAGGAGGCCCCAUCAUCUUGGCACAGAUCGAGAAUGAGUACAACCAUAUCCAACGCGCUUUUAGAGAGGACGGAGAUAAGUACGUCCAAUGGGCUGCAAAUUUGGCACUUGCACUGGAUGUUGGAGUUCCAUGGAUCAUGUGCAAACAAACGGACGCUCCUGAUCCAGUGGUAAAUGCAUGCAAUGGAAGACACUGUGGUGAUACCUUUACAGGCCCUAACAAACCCGACAAGCCUGUCCUGUGGACUGAAAACUGGACUGCUCAGUAUAGGGUGUUUGGAGAUCCACCAUCGCAAAGAUCAGCAGAAGACAUUGCCUUCUCAGUUGCCCGUUUCUUCUCUAAGAGGGGCUCUUUGAUGAACUACUAUAUGUACUAUGGUGGAACAAAUUUUGGUAGAACAAGCUCUGCCUUCAGUACAACCCGAUAUUACGAUGAAGCCCCUCUUGAUGAGUUCGGUUUGCAGAGAGACCCAAAAUGGAGUCACCUGAGAGACGUGCACAAGGCAUUGACCCUAUGCAGACAGUCCCUGUUCGGUGCUGAAUCGACGACCACAAAAGUUAACCAGCAUCAUGAGAUUAUAGUUUUCGAGAAGAAAGAGAGUCACUUAUGUACUGCUUUCAUCACUAACAACCACACCAAAAAUUCAGCCACCAUAAAGUUCAGAGAAACGAACUAUUUUCUGCCACCACGUUCCAUUAGUAUCCUCCCUGACUGCAAGACUGUGGUCUUCAACACCCAAAAUGUUGCUUCACAACAUAAUUCAAGGAACUUCAAGAGGUCAAAAAAUGCAAACAAUUUCAAGUGGGAGGUGUUUACUGAAACCAUUCCAGUCGCCAAGGAUAUACCAGUUAGUGGAAAUGUCCCCGCUGAACUUUAUAGCUUGCUUAAAGACACCACAGACUAUGCAUGGUACACCACCAGCGUGGAAUUGGGUCCGGAAGACUUGCCAAAGAAGAGUGACGUAUCCACCGUUAUUCGUAUUUUGAGUCUUGGCCAUUCACUGCAUACCUUUGUAAAUGGAGAAUUUAUUGGAACAAAUCAUGGUACCCAUGAAGAGAAAGGUUUUGAAUUCCAGAAAGCUGUAAACUUUAAGGUUGGAGUUAACAACAUAGCUAUCUUGGCUACCACUAUUGGACUCCCUGACAGUGGUGCAUACAUGGAGCACAGGUAUGCUGGACCGAAGUCUAUACUCAUCCUUGGUCUUAACUCAGGAAAAAUUGAUCUGACUUCUAAUGGUUGGGGCACUAAGGUUGGAAUCCAAGGAGAGGAGUACGCCGUUUUCACUGAGGAGGGAUCAAAGAAAGUAGAAUGGAAAGAGGCCAAGGGAAAUGGAAAGUCUCUCUCGUGGUACAAGACAACUUUUACAACACCAGAGGGAAGGGAUCCUGUAGCCAUAAAGAUGACUGGUAUGGGGAAGGGAAUGAUUUGGAUCAAUGGUAAAAGCAUUGGUCGUCAUUGGAUGAGUUUCCUCUCUCCCCUUGGAAGCCCUACUCAGUCAGAGUACCACAUCCCAAGGACUUACUUAAAUCAAAAAGACAAUCUCCUUGUGAUAUUUGAGGAAGAGCCAUCAGACCCAAGUCAGAUAGAGAUUCAAACGGUUGACAGAGAUACAAUAUGCAGUAUUAUCACAGAGAAUCACCCUCCCAACGUCAAUUCCUGGGCAUCUAAGGGUGGCAAGUUCCAGACUGUUGUGGAAAAUCCGAAGCCAACAGCUACAGUCACAUGUCCAACCUACAAAACCAUUAAGACUGUGGAGUUUGCAAGCUUUGGUGAUCCCACGGGUGUCUGUGGAGAGUUUGUUAUGGGAAAAUGUGAUGCCUCUGCCACCAAGCAGAUUGUUGAACAGCAAUGCGUGGGAAAACAGUCAUGCUCCAUUCCACUUGAAGCCUCAACCUUCACCAAGGGAAAAGAUCCUUGCCCAGACGUGUCGAAGACUCUUGCAAUUCAAGUGAAGUGUGACUUAUAG